AGUCCUACUACUUCAUUAUAUUUAACCAUAUUCAUCUAUACUAUGGCUUUUGCCAUCGAAAGGUGUGAGGAUGAGGACUGAGAUGUAGUGAUUCUCUUGUGGAGGAGGGGAAGGGUAGAGCAGCAAAAAAGGGCGUUGCUCUAUUUCAUUCAAAUAAAGGAGAAGGGGGAAAGCUUUGUACCCAGCAGCAAUACAUCGCAUUAUCGGGUGCUGGGAACAAAUACAUGCUUUGAUUACCUGCUUAAGAACAAGUACAAUUUGUAUAAAAGAGAUGAUCAGACGUGUGGUACGGCAGAGCAAGUUUCGCCAUGUCUUUGGCCAGGCGGUGAAAAAUGAUCAGUGCUAUGAUGACAUCAGGGUGUCACGAGUCACCUGGGACAGUGCCUUCUGUGCUGUCAACCCCAAAUUUGUUGCCAUUAUUGUGGAGGCCAGUGGAGGUGGAGCAUUUAUUGUCCUUCCGCUUCAAAAGACAGGUCGUAUCGAUAAAACCUAUCCAACUGUCUGUGGACACACAGGCCCUGUGCUUGACAUCGACUGGUGUCCUCACAAUGAUCACGUCAUUGCCAGUGGGUCUGAAGAUUGUACCAUAAUGGUGUGGCAGAUCCCAGAGAAUGAACUUACUGCUCCACACUCAGAGCCUGUUGUUGUGUUAGAGGGACAUUCCAAGCGGGUUGGCAUUGUGACAUGGCACCCCACAGUCCGGAAUGUCCUCCUGAGUGCUGGAGGUGACAAUGUGAUUUUUAUCUGGAAUGUGGGCACGGGUGAGGCACUCAUCACACUGGAUGACAUGCACCCAGACAUGAUCUUCAGCGUGUGCUGGAACCACAAUGGCAGCCUUAUCUGCACUGCAUGCAAAGACAAGAAAGUGCGCGUCAUUGACCCACGCAAGGCCAAGAUUAUCGCAGAGAAGGAUAAAGCGCAUGAGGGUGCACGGCCCAUGAGGGCCAUCUUUCUUGCUAAUGGCAACAUCUUCACUACUGGCUUUAGUCGCAUGAGUGAAAGACAACUGGCCUUAUGGAACCAGAAAAACAUGGAUGAACCAAUUUCAGUACACGAGAUGGAUACCAGCAAUGGAGUGCUACUUCCCUUCUAUGACCCAGACACUAACAUUGUCUACCUGUGUGGAAAGGGCGACAGCAGCAUCCGUUACUUUGAGAUCACAGAUGAAGCACCAUAUGUUCAUUAUCUUAACACCUUCUCCAGCAAAGAACCACAGAGGGGCAUGGGCUAUAUGCCCAAAAGGGGCCUAGACGUUAAUAAGUGUGAGAUUGCCAGGUUUUAUAAACUUCAUGAGCGGAAGUGUGAACCAAUUAUCAUGACUGUCCCAAGAAAGUCAGACCUGUUCCAGGAUGAUCUGUAUCCAGACACUGCUGGACCAGAUUGGGCCUUGGAAGCAGAAGAGUGGUUUGAAGGAAAGAACGGUGAUCCGAUUCUAAUUUCCCUCAAACAUGGCUAUGUACCUGGCAAAAACCGUGACCUUAAGGUUGUCAAAAAGAAUGUUCUUGACAACAAGUCAUCCAAGAAGGUAGAGGUGACGUCAGUUCUUCAAAAGCCUGCCUCUCCUCAGCUCACUAGAAAAAAUGAAGUAAAGUUGGAAGAGCUGCUCCGAGAGGUGAGAUCACUCAGAGACCUGGUGACACUACAGGACAGGCGAAUUGCCAAACUUGAAGAACAGGUGGCCAAAGUGGCAAUCUGAGGCAUUGACAAAGGUCUGAGUGACCAUGACAUGGUAUAGGAAAAGAUAUAUUUCAGAGGGCCAGUCACUGCCAAAAUUUAACUUGACUCAUUACUCCUGGUGUUUUUUUGUGUGAUUACAACUUGAAGUAACAUUCCAAUAUGGCUAUUUUCCUCUUGCUUCCCCUGAACAUUUAUUACAAAUUCAAUUGAAAAAGUUAAUUAAAAAAAGCAGGUAAAUAUUUUUUUCUUUCAUGUUUUAGUGCAUUUUUAUUUUAAAGUUAUUAGCUUCUGAACUUUCGCACCCAGUGCCAAGUCCUUAAGUAUUUUCUGUAAGUGUAUCAGUAUUACUCUCCUCUUUCAUUUCUUUGUAUUGCCAAAUGUAAGUUGAAACUUGCGUACCAAUUGGUUUGUUUUUAUUUUACUCCUUUUUGCCGUUUCACUGUCUAUUUUAAGUAUUUUUAUUACUGGACAUAGGCCCCUCUCUGUUAUACAUAUUUAGAAAGGUUACAGGUUACAUGACCAUGACCUAGAAAUAAAUCAGAAUUAAAAUGAUCAUAAAACUACUGCAGAUUAAAGCAGCGUUGAUCAGUCUGGUGCCUAAUUGUGAAGCACUCAACAAAUGCUACAAUUCCUGCAUUAAUUUCAUACUGCUCACUAUAAUGGAUUUUUAUUCCACACUGUGUGAAAACAUUUAUCAGUGUGUACUACUUUAUAUAUAUAUAUAUAUAUAUAUAUAUAUAUAUAUAUAUAUAUAUAUAUAUAAUAUAUCAUUACAGUUAGAUGAAUUUGAUAUUCUUAUCUAAUUCCCCAAAAGCAAUAAAGCAAAGGUGUUUGAAUGAGAUUUCAAAUUUGAUUCUGAAUCUGAUUUUUUGUUUCUAAUAUAUGUUUGCUUUUUAGAGCUAGGACUCUAAGCAGUUCAUUUGACUUAUGUAUAUGUGGGAAUACUAUAUAAUUAAUACAGUAAUCAUUGGCCCUGUUUACAAAAACAACUUAAACCCUUGCUACCUAUUUUUUGUCUAGCCACUUGGUUAAUUUUUUAAAUGUAAGUAUAAUCUGGUCCAUUGGUGUUUGGACAUUGUUAUUUUUGCUGUCUAUCAUAGCAUAGCAGAGUUGAUUUUAAGUUUGGCUUUUGCAGUUGGAAUUGGUAUUUGGUUGCCUUUUAUUCUCAGCAUGAAGUCAAAUAUGCUGUCACUAUGAAUGAAACAAGCCAUCAUUAGGCUUAAAAUCUAAAUAAAACAAUUAUAGAGAUAGAAAAAAACAAGUGUGGCCAUAUUAUCUAUUAUAUCCUUAAACAGAUAGAGUACACUGUUAAUUUCAAGAAGAAGAGAAGACAACAGAAAACACCUGUGGACAGACCUUAAUCAUACUUCAAAGGUGACCCGAGAUGUUUUAAAGGCAAACAAGUGGAAUCUUCUGCAAUGGCUAAUUCAAUCACCUAACCUCAAUCCAGUUGAGCAUGUUUUUUUUUUUACAUUUUCAAACAGAACACCCCAAAAAGGAACUUAGAUCUUCUGUUGUAAAGACUUUGUAGAGCAUCAAAAGGGAAGAGAUCAAUAUUUUAUUUCAUAUAUUAUAAUAUGCUUCAUUGGCUUAUAAGGGAAUAAAAUACACUUGGUCAUGGAACAAUAGCCAGUUGAGAAAAAUAACUGUAAUACACUGUAAACUUCAAUAUACUGAGGUAGACAGCUAAAAAUUAUUGCACUUUUACAAAUAUUUAUGGACUUGACUUUAUUUAUUAAAACAUACUGCAGUAUGUCCACGAUUCUACCUUAUGCAACAUUUUCAAAGUAUCCCAGUCACAAAAGAGUAAAAGACCUUUACUCUUCUCUGAGCUGACAUCUAAACUUGGUCUCCAUAAAGCAGUGGCAACCAGCUGGCCCUCACCCUUGUAAAUGAUUAGACCCUUGUCUAUUAUUGAAUUUAGCCUGGCUCAUCAACAGUUUCUAAACACUUGUGUGUCCUAAACCAUCUUGUGCAUGCAUUUCAAGUUUCACUAAAAACAAGCAGACAUCCACAAUAAAAACAAAAUCAUCA